GUCAUUUGCAACACACUAUAUUACUAGUAUGAAGCCCGAGUUCCCUGUCGAAAGCGUUGAGGAUCAAGGCAAAGCCCGUUCACGUCGAAAGGCCCACAGCGGACAGAGAGGCAGCGACCUUUUUAAGUUACCGGCGUCUACUCUCUGUAUCUCCAUUAUACCUGAACUGCAGUGGACGAUUUUCCAGCUGGUCCAUGAUGCCAAUGACAAUUCCUUGGUGAAAAAGACACUGCUGGCGCUUGCCUUGACAUGCAAGUCAUUCACAGGACCUGCACUGAAGCUUUUGUGGCAAGACCUGUCUAAGUUUGCGCCACUGAUCAGAUGUCUCCCGCAAAGCCUAUGGAAACAGGUGGGACGAAAAUUGGAAUUUCAAAGAGUCAUGACCGUAGAUGACUGGUCUAUUUUUUGCAAAUACAACCACCAUGUCCGUUCACUCAUUAUAAACGACGAUGAUCCACGGAUUGGUGACGAAACUUGGCGCGCCCUCAGCUAUCCUCCCUUCUCCCUUCCCUUGCUCCCCAACCUAAUGUCUCUUACCUGGAGUAAUUAUUCCAUACUGACAUCUCUAUGUAUCCCGUUGUUUGUGAGCCCCACAAUAACGAAACUCAACCUCUCCCCCUGCACAUUUGGUCCAGUUGAACAGUCCAUCUUGUCAUGCAUAUCAAUGCUGUGCCCUUUGGUCUCGCAUUUCCAUUUCCAUUUUUGUUCGAGCUCCGAAUCAGAACACCCAUCGACUGCAUUACAAAACUGGUCUCAUCUAACAUCAGUGACCACUGAAACAGUUUCAGAGGCCGCCAUACUACAUCUAUCCAAGCUGCCUUCACUCCGUUUUCUACAGUUCAAAUUACCGUCAACACCCAUCUCUGUGGAUACGCAAAAGAAGCAGCGUCAUGUAUUCUGCGUGUUGGAAGAACUGGUCGUGAGAUGCAGAAGUGUGGUGGCCUUGGAUGCUUUUCUCGAGAGGUUCUUCAUUGCUCCAAAAUCCAUAUCCCUUCAAAUCACUAGCAUCAGGGAUUCCGCACGGGCCCUGCCGGCUUUGAUCUCCCGCCUGCCUAAUGGAUGUGCGCACGGCUCACUAGAAUGCAUGCAGCUCUCCAUCACCGAACUGUCCGCAAGUCACACUUCAAUCAGAACUGCAGUUUUACGACCGCUCUUUGCCUUCCGCAAUCUUCGCAAGCUCGACUUCGCAGCCUAUGACUAUGGUUUGCGAUGGGAUGAUGCUGUCCUUUUGCAGAUGGCCAAGGCCUGGCCCCUCCUACAACAACAUUCCAGUCGUGGAGUCACUCCGGGUGCCUUCGUCUCGCUGUUGCAGCACUGCCCGUGUCUUGUUUCGGUCGCCGUAAUCGUGAACUGGUCUACCAUUGACGGACACGCCAUAUCCCCUGAUGCUCCCUACGGAGGACUUUCACACAAGGCAUUAUCUAAGGCAUUCUUUGGCAGUCCAAGGAUUCACCAUCCGGAAAGGAUUGCUGCUUUCAUCUCAGCCAUCGCGCCCAAUUUGGCAUCAAUCAUUACAUGGACGAACAUAGACUCCGACAAAUACUCCACUAGGUGGAAAUGCGUCUUACGCGAGCAGGAGAGGAGGAUGGUGCUGAGUGGAGGUGCAGGAGCUGAUGGAAAGCAAGCACACGAUACCGAAAACAGAGAUGCUGUAAUUGGUGGAGGUGACAAAGGUGAUGACGGAGAUUUUUUUGAGUCAGGAUAUACGAGUGACGAGUCCUCAUAGGAGGAUUAAUGAAUCAAGACACGGACGUACUGAAUUCCCUAAGCCUUGCGGACCUUGUUAUAGAUUUCAGACUGUUGAAAUAAACUCGUGCAGAGGAC